CCGCGACGGAGGAGGGGAUAUCACAUGGGCUUUGUUUUGGUUUUGCCCGCUCGUCGUGCUUUGCUAUGGAAAGAAAACAAAUCACGCAGAGGAGGUGUUCAGCUCUUUUAUUUAUUGAAUUCUUUCAACGGAAAUUUUUAAUCUUAGCUGUUCUUUUAAUCGAUAUUUUAACUCUCCCGUUAGUUUUGUUCAAAUUUUUUUAAAAAUUUCCCAAAAAUGGACGAAAUUCUUGUCCAAGUCAACCAAAUAAUCCCAGGAAGGAGAUCUGCUUCGGACCCAAACUUCGCCGCCGGAGAUGCAAUUUGCGGUCCAUAUAAAGUUCUUGGGAUCAUCGACAUUGACAUUGAAAAUGAGAGUGUUGAAUUUGCUUGCGAGGUGCACGGUUGCUCCGAAAAACUCUCAAGUGUCCUUGAUUUGGAGCAGCAUUAUAAUACCGUGCACAGGUUCGAGUGCCAUCAGUGCCACAAACACUUAGCAUCAGCUCAUCUCCUCGACUUGCACAUUUGUGAAUCACACGACACUUUCUUCGAAUUGCAAUCGUCCAAAACACCAAUGUUCAGCUGUUUUGUCAUUGAGUGUCCACUCAAAUCAUGGAACGCCAAAGAGCGUAUGGCCCACUGUGUGGAGAUGCACAACUUUCCAGCCAACUUCCGAUAUGACGUUGUCCCUCGAAAAAGCAACCUCAACUCGUGUUCAAUGGAAGUUGAUUCGGAGCCUAAGAAACGGCCUAAGAAGAAAAAGCCCUGCAAACCUGCUUCUGAAAAUCCAACUCCUCAGGUGCUCGGCGGUGGUGGAAGACGUGGGCGAGGACGACUGGCGUCUGGUUGGCACCAAAGAGCGACAGCCCCUAGCAUAAUCAACACCCCUACUGCAAUAGACAUGCAAGACUUAGAGCAGGCUUUGCCUCCUUCAUAACUGAAGAAAAUUGUUCAAAACGUUGGAAAUUUUAAAAUUUUAUGCUUUUAACUGCGUCCUACUUGAUUUUUUAAUAUUUUAUUUAAGAAUUUUAUAUUUUGUAAGGAACUAAUUUAAACCUUUGUAAAUAUUAUAUUUUGUAUUAAUUCCAAGAUCAAAUAAUAUGUGAGUUAUGCAGUAAUAUUCAUUAAGUCUCCUUUAUGUUAUGUAAAAAAAAUUUCGGUGACCGAGAACAAAAUUUGAGACCUCAAAAAUAUUAAUUUUCAAUAAUUAAAAUUUUCAAUGUCAAGCACAUAAUUAUAUCCAAAUUUUGACAGAUAAAUAAAAAUUAGAUAAUUGAAUCAUUAUAGUGAUUAAUUUUUUACUUGGGUAAUUUUUUUUUUUAACAAGAACUAA